UUGUAUAGCCUUGUAGGUAGGGCGGCAGAGUGGACUAUAUUGAAUUUUGGCUGAAAAAUCAGACAACAAAGGAAAUGGAGAAGAGGCACUUCGUGUUGGUUCACGGAGCGGGCCAUGGCGCGUGGUGUUGGUAUAAGGUGGCUGCUUUGCUGAAAUCCGAUGGACACCGAGUCACAGCUCUAGACAUGGCGGCUUCCGGCAUCCAUCCAAAGCAGGUUCACGAGCUGAAUUCAAUUACAGAGUAUUUUGAGCCGUUGAUGGAUUUUCUUGGUUCUUUGCCACAAGAGGAGCGAGUAAUCCUGGUGGGUCAUAGCAUGGGCGGUGCUGGCAUCUCUAUGGCCAUGGAAAUGUUCCCCAACAAGGUUGCUGUUGCUGCGUUUGUUGCCGCUUUCAUGCCUGGUCCUGAUUUGAGCUAUGUCACUCUCAUCCAAGAGUGGCUACAUGCUCGAAGAUUGGAUUCUAACUUGGACUCAAAGAUGGUGUUUGAUGAGAACUCCAAUAGUAAACCAAAUGGAUCAGUGAUAUUCGGGCCGCAAUUCUUAGCAUCAAACUUUUACCAACUAUCUCCACCUGAGGACUUGAUCCUCGCAACGUCGUUGAUUAGACCCAAUCGCAGGUUUGGUGAUGAAGAACGGUUAAGAGAGGAAACAAGAGUCUCUAGAGACAGCUACGGAAGCGUAGCGAAAGUGUACAUAAUGAGCGAACAAGACAAAGUGAUAAAGCCGGGUCUUCAAUUAUCAAUGAUUCAACGAAACCCUCCAGACGAUGUUAAAGUGAUUGCCGCUUCUGAUCACAUGUCAAUGUUCUCUAAACCCAAAGAGCUCUUCUCCUACCUUCAAGAGAUUGCCAACACCUAUGAUUAGCCGUUCAUGACAUGUUUGAUUUCGCGAUUCAAACAUAAUUUAACAUAAGUUUACUUAUAAAUAAAACUUGUACUAUCUUAUAAUUCGAUGUAAUUCUGUGUGUCGAUUCGAGUUUACAAAAUUUUCAAUUUUGAUAAAUUUUUGUCAA